AAAAUAACAACAGGGUCUUUCCAUUGACCAGUAUAGUAUAGUUUCACUCUCACUCACUCUCACUGGUUAGCUUGUCCUGCACAGAAGCUGAAUUGAAUUGAUAUGGCUGAUUUGUUGGAAUGGCCGAAGCAAGAUAAGCGCCGCUUACUUCAUGUGGUUUACCGUGUUGGUGAUCUUGAUCGCACCAUCAAGUUUUAUACUGAAUGCUUUGGAAUGAAGCUUUUGAGGCAAAGGGAUGUUCCAGAGGAGAAAUACGCCAAUGCUUUUCUCGGAUUUGGCCCUGAAGAAUCUCAUUUUGUUGUGGAGUUAACAUAUAAUUAUGGAGUGAGUUCAUAUGACAUUGGAGAUGGCUUUGGACAUUUUGCUAUUGCAACACAAGAUGUAUACAAAUUGGCUGAACACAUCCGGUCCAAGGGUGGAAACAUCACAAGGGAGCCUGGUCCGGUUCAGGGAGGAACCACGGUCAUCGCCUUUGUUAAAGAUCCUGACGGUUACACUUUUGGUCUCAUCCAAAGACCUACCAUCCAUGACCCUUUUUGCCAAAUAAUGCUUCGUGUUGGUGACUUAGAGCGCUCAAUUCAGUUUUAUGAAAAGGCUGUGGGUCUUAAGUUGUUGAGGAAGGUUGACAAGCCUGAGUACAAGUACACUGCAGCACUUCUUGGGUAUGCAGAGGAGCACGAAACAACUGUGUUGGAGUUGACAUACAACUAUGGUGUCACUGAACACUCUAAGGGAAAUGCUUAUGCACAGAUUGCUAUUGGUACCGAUGAUGUAUACAAGAGCGCGGAAGUUGUUAGCGCCAUUGCACAAGAGCUUGGAGGCAAGAUUACUCGGCCACCGGGUCCAAUUCCCGGCAUUAACACGAAAAUUACUUCUUUCUUGGAUCCUGAUGGAUGGAAAACUGUCUUGGUUGACAAUGAAGAUUUCCUGAAGGAACUGAACUGAAGAUCGUGCUUUAGUCCAAAUGAGAACUCCUUGUGCUUUUUGUAUGAAUAAGUUUUUAGUAUUGAUCAGUGAACAUCGUGUGUAUCAGUGUACUUGUCUUGUCUUCACUCUUUAGUAUGCUUGCUAUUUAGCUUGUUCUGUAAUAAUUGACCCAAAAAGAACAUUGAUAUCAAUAUUUCCAAGCUAUUUAUGAUUAUAAUCAAAUGGUCCCAAUCUGAUAUGAAAAUCA